UAUGGAUUAAGGAUUAGAUGCUGCAUAAUUGUUGGCAGAAUUGAAGAAGCAAGACGAAGUAAUUUAACUAUAAUAAACAAUUAGUGGGCCAAAGCAAUAAUAUUUGAUGAAGAUUUAAAUGUGAUAACUCAUAAAAACUGCGCAGCUUCAAAAGAAGAGUUGGCUCCUUAUUUGAAGGCUUAUGAUGUAAGAGACAACACAAUAGGAGCUGGAUUCGUGCUACUGGGAGAACAUUAUGAAGUUCAUAGAUGGCAUCCUCCUUUGAUUUAUGGAAGAAGAGGUGAUGCAGAUGUAGGGGAAGGCAUUUCAUUGGCUAGAGUAAUAUGGAAUAGAUAAUUAUUGUUUAGGGAAUUUGCAAAAAACAUAAUGGUAAGAGAGUGUACUUGUUGAUAACAUACGAAUUGCCAAUAGUUAGUGCUAGGGCUGUUCCAUAAUAAAUUAAUUUUUAUAAUCAAUUUAUUGGUGAACUAGAAAAAUUUGAUAUAAAGUAAUAGUGAGAUAUGAAUAAUAUAAUAAGAU